GCUGCCGCUGGGCAGGGUCGCUGUGCUGGGGAGAAGAGAAGGCGCGGGCUACCGGGCUCGCUUCUCCGGAGGGAAUGACGGAUGCCGUGAUCCCCAGUGGUGGCGAGAUGGAGUGGGAGCAGCAUCAGCGGACGGAGAAGACCAGCGCGGGCGUCCUCGGAGUGGGGAGUAACAGAGCGGGAGCCGCUGAGGACACCACACAAAAUGGCGGACGCUCUGAGAGCAGUAGCGCUGGGGAGGCGCUGCUGGUGGCUGCUGCUGCUGCAGAGGACAAGGUCCCCACAAACCUCAGCAUCCCUGGCAGCAGCCAGCGCAGGAGCAGCAUCUCGACGGCACAUGAACAGCAGCAGCCGCCCAGCGGUGUGCUCAGGGGGCCGCCCCCUCUCCCUAAGCCCCCAGAAGACCACCAGCCUGUUAGGAGGAACUUUCAGAUCCCCAGGAAGAGCAGAGAAAAGAAAGCACUCUUUCAGCCAGUAGCUCCAGGUUCUCGAGAAUUUGAGGAUAUUGUGAGGAUUCUGCAUUCAUCUUACCUGGAUCCAAGUUCUGUGUCCAAUUUUCGUUACAAGAGAGCCAGCUUAGUUCAUAGUGAACUGCUGGAAAAGGAAUUCACAGAGAAGCGCCGGGAGCUGAAAUGUGACGGUCACCUGGACAAGGAGCUUUCGGAGAGCUACGCCUUCCUGCUGGUGGAUCGGUGUCAGAUCCAAAACAUAUGUGAAAAGGGGCUGCAGGUUGGGCACUCUGAAAUAUCAAUCCUCGGCAGCCCUUCCAAGGGUGUAUAUGUCUCCAAGUAUGCUGAUUUAUUGCAGCCUAAUCCUCUAGAAGCAGGAGCAACUGGAGAUGUGAUUGUUUUUAAAAUAAUAAAGGGAAAAAUGAAAAGCAUCUAUGUCCACAUGGGUAUGAAAGCAAUGGAAUCAACUGCAAAGAACAUGUUAGAUCCAACCCCAAAGCACGAGUGUCACCUUGCAAAGAAUGCACAUAAAAUAAACUCCCUGUUGGAUUAUCGAGCCUAUGAGUUCACUCAGUACUAUUUUUAUGAAUAUGACUUUGAUGACACAAGGCGAAGACCAAGACAUGUUUGUCCUUAUGCUGUUGUUUCAUUCACUUACAAAGGUGACAUGGUGCAAGGACCAAAAUUCUUGUCCUCAUCAAGACCAAACACCUUCAACACAGACAGAAGAACAGAGAAAUCUGCUGUUACAGUAUGGAGGGGACAGCUUUGGAAUAAGGGCAAACUUGUGUGCCAUGUUUCCUUAAAAUCAGCAACGUGUUCCUUCCCUCCAUGCAAGCUUCCUGAGAAGCUUGAGGUUGAAAAGGUUGUCAGCAUUGAUCAGCUGAAGAAAAAAAUUUCACCAGAGUUGUUCUUAAAAGAAACUUAUCAAGGAGGAAAAGAAGUGUCGAAGAAUAGCCUGUACUGUAGCCUGUAUGAAGCUGUGGAGAAGUCCCGUUCUGGGAGUCACUUGGAGGGUUUACUUCAAAAACUAGAGAAGGAGAAACUUGUUCUUGUGAAACCACUUCAGGACAGAGGAUUUCUUUUUCUCCUUUCUCCUUCGCAAAUGAUGUCCCCUUAUGACCACCAAGCUGGAUGGUCCCGUGUGCUUCAUGCAUUAUUUCUGUUUCCAGAGCCUAGAGGUGUAAUUAGCAUAGUGUUCCGUUUGGAAAUUCACCUCCCGUGGCUUCACAUGAAAAAAGAAAUCAUUCCAGAAUUCGCAAGUUUUAUUUCGUCUCUACAUUUUGCUUUAAUCCAGGCUCGUAAAGACACUAGUCCAGACUUCAAUGUUGUUGUGGAAAGGUAUAUAAAUGAGUAUUUGAAAAAGCUCUUCAGUGGCGUUCUGAGAGGUAGGGAGUUUAAAUUACGUGAGUAUUCGUCACGGUUGGAUGACAAAAGAUUUCUUUAUCCUGCUCCAAGAUUUAAAUCUCAUAUUGAUGGCUGCUUGCAAAGCUAUAUCUUUGGUUGUGAGACGUAUCAGCUGCCUCUUUCCAGAGCUAAGGAACUGGUGGAAAGGAAUCAGAGACCCCAGCAGUUCAGUCCCAUCUCAGACUAUGAAGCUACAGAAGACUACUCAGAUUUUGCCAAAGCAAAAUGCAGGAAAAGAAUCCAUGCAAAAUAUGAAGCCACUCCUGCCAAACAAAAGCUGCCUCUUUCUGGAGAUUAUGAUACUGAAAGACUCAAAGUACUUAUUAACUUAAUCCAGUGCAGGAAAAAAAAUGCAGGUGGAGAUUCUGAUUCUGAAGACCCCAGAAUCAGAAGUGGUCUGAAAAGAAAGCUGGAAAAAGAGUCUGAAAUUUUGCACAAAUGCUUAAAAAGGAGUGAAUCUUCAGAGAAUAUUUGUCACUACGAAGGGGGCAGAACCUCGGAUUCACCACACUCUGUUUUCUCAACUAAUUCUGGUCUGGGUGGACAUGAUGCUGACUUCAGGCAGCAAGAUGGAUCCGACCCUGCUGCUGCUGACACACAUGGCCUCAUUAAAAUGCUCUUGGAAACACUGGCUACUGGAGGACACUUGGAUUCCUCGCUGGCACAGUCUGUAAAUCAAGCUUUAGCAUUAAGCACUGAUGAAAUGGAAGAGGAUAUGGGACAAAACUAUGAUUAUGAAUCCAUUCCAGCUCAGGAUCAUGAGCUUCCUAAUACUGCUCAGGCUGACAGUGUUAACUUCAAGGACCCUGAGAGCCCAGUGGUUCUGGAACCCGAUGUGACGUGUCUGCCCUACAAUGUUGAUCUGCGGCUUCCAGAUAACGAACGAGGCUUUGAACACACACUACAGCUGCAAGAAGCAAGCACUGGAAGCCUAAGUACCUUUGAAGACUACAGUCCCAAUGUACCUGUAGAAUAUGUGUAUGGCAGUCAGCAUCCCAACUCAGAUAACACAGAAGUUGGAAUGCACUGGAAACUUAUUCCAAUUACAGGUCUGAAAUCACCAGAAGAGUUACUGGUGUAUUUGCCACCAACGGAUGCCCUUCCUAAUGACCCUCGGGUAAUAAAUAGACAGAGAAGUUCUGAUGACCAGUUUCCAUACUCUCCAUUUUCAGACCCACAAAAGGGGACAGCAGAAGAUGGACAUUAUACAGGACAAGUGGAGAAACCUGAAGAUGAGUAUGGGCUAACAGAGCAGCCUUUUUCAGCUAAGCAUUCCAUUAGUGCAGUAAUAGAAACGACCCUGUUAGAAGAAUAUAAUCUCUUUGCACAAAAGAUUCAAGAGAUUUUGCGGCAGAAGAACAUCGCGUACGUUAGCGGGGUGCCCACACCAGUCUUCUCUGCCCGAGAGAGGAUAAGCAGACUAUCUGAAUACAUAUGUUUAAAGGCAUCAGAGGUGUCUGUGCAAGAAUAUAUAGAGACACUCAGUGAAAAGUUGAAUAGUGUCAUUUUGGCUUCCUGCAUUAAGCACACUCAGCCCGUUUAUUCUAGUCCUGAACCAUCCCAAGUUGGGAGCAACCCUGCAGGGAACGCUGUGCCCGCCACGCUGUCUGUGUGCAGGGAUGCUGCCACAGCGCUGGUACCAGAGCCACUGGGCAAUAACCUGCUGGGACAUCUGCAGUGCAGUGAGCAGCCUUCAUCGAGCUUGCCCCUAGGGAACGAGAAAAUGGAUCAUGUGAAUGCUACACCAGAGGAUCAGACCUCUUCCAGUGGGGAUCUGAUUGAACUACCAGAGAAGACACAGAAAUCCCCUGAGAACUUGAACAUUUCAACUCAAUCAGCUUUUACUGAUAUUAUAAGACGGGUAAAACCUGAAGUAUUUAGAAGUUUGUUCAAAAUUUUUAAAGUUGUAUGGAAAAAUACUGUCAAAUUUUAUAUUCAUAAAGAGGACGAAAGUGUUCUUUGCAGAGAAAUCAAGGAAUACCUUACACAGUUGGGUAAUACAGAGUGCCAUCCAGAGCAGUUCCCUAGAGGAAGAGCUAAUUCAGAUAAACUGUUGAUCAUCAUCCAAAAUGAAGACAUUGCCAACCUCAUCCAUAAGAUCCCAUGCCUAGUAACUUUGAAGAGGCUCUCCUGUGUCAGCUUUGCAGGGGUUGAUAGUUUGGAUGAUGUGAAAAAUCACACUUACAACGAACUGUUUGUGUCAGGGGGUUUUGUUGUAUCGGAUGAAUCUGUCCUUAAUCCAGAGUCCAUCACUACAGAUAAACUAAAGCAGUUCUUAGAGUUUCUGGAGGCUCUCAAUACCCCAGAUGGGAAAUGGCAGUGGAAAAUCCACUGCAAAAUACAAAAAAAACUGAAAGAGCUGGCGAGGAUGAAUGCCAAUGCCCUGAGUCUGCUCACACUUCUGAACUCCUAUCAAAAGAAGCACUUGGUUGAGAUUCUGUCUUACCAUAACUGUGAUUCUCAAACUCGAAAUGCUCCAGACCUAGACUGUCUUAUCAGGCUUCAGGCUCAGAACAUACAACAGAGACACGUUGUCUUCUUAACAGAAAAGAACCUGAAAACAUUCUCAAGUUAUGCUGAUAAUGGAAUAGUGGUUGCUACUGUUGAUGACUUUAUGUGUAACUUUAAAAGCCUCGUUGGGUAUCACAACUCGGACACGGAGCAGAACUGUCCUCCUGCUUCUGAAGCUCACCAAAGACAAUCAGUUCUUGUAGAAAAGGAUGAGAAGGAUGAGGAGGACAUGUCUCUGGAUUCAGGGGAUGAAAUAUCACAGAUAGAAAUCUGCAGUGAUGCCUCUAAGUAUGAUACUCAUGUGGAAGCUUUGCAGACAGAGGCCAAGGGCCCACAUGGAGUAGAUGGUAAAGAAAGCUGCUUAUCAGUUACAGAGUUAUCUUCCGAAGCACAAAGUGGCCUGGUGGAAAAAACUUCUAAAAGUGACUUGGAAGAGAAACAGCCACUUACUCCAGGUUCUACAGCAUGCUCUGCUGAGGGAGAAAAACACAAUUCAGUUGAACAAACUCCUUUCAGUAACUUCCCGGUUUAUAGCAGACAAUUAAACAUGUCCCAUCAAUUCAGCCACUUAAAUGUACUCACUCAUCAGACUUUUCUGGGAACAACAUAUCCAAUUUCUUCUGCAAAUCAAAACCAAGAAGGGAGCAAUUAUUUUCUCUCUGCCUACAGUCAGAGCAUGGAUACAGAAAAGUCCUCAUCGCCUGGUGGCUGGGACAGCAGCUGUGAUUCUUCCAGGCCAUAUUCAGAACAGAAAUAAACUCUUAAGUCUCUUUUUCUAAGUUGCUGUGGACUUCUCUGUUUCUAAAAUGUUGGAUUAACAAUUUCUAUUUUAUUCUGGAGCAGAAUGUUUCUUGUUCUUGUUAUCUCAAUGUUUUCUUGUUCUAUUUAAAUUCCUGAUGGCUUGUCCCUCUUGGAACCAUCUGAAAGUUUAAAUAAAUAUAUAUAUUUUUUAACGUUUACUGUACUUGAAUUAUCUUGUUUGUUGGCACUUUUAAGUUUCUACAUUUGUAUUUGACCUGUUACCUGGGCUUCAGUUUGAGGUCUGUUUUAAUGUAAAACUGAAUGUUUGCCUAAAAUAUGUGAAAGCCAGUUGUUUUCUUUUUUUAACUGUAAGAGUUACCAAGUCACUUUUCUUUACAUAAAUAUUAAUGUAUUUAUUUGACAUUGACAAAAUUUUUGUAUAAUGUUUUUACAUAGCUCUAAGGCAAUGUAGUUAUUUUCAUGACAAUAUACUGGAUUUUGGCUAAAUACCUCAAUUAGAGUAACCAAUGGUGCAGUUCCAUUACAAAAAUUGAAUAAACUCUUAAUGCACAAGGGACUUGUUAA